GCCUUCCGUGCUUGCGGCCGACAUGUCACGACUCAUGGAGGAGUCGCUGGACGUAGAGCGGCAGGGCGCGGACUACAUCCACCUCGACGUUAUGGACGGGCACUUCGUGCCCAACCUCACCUUCGGCGCGCCUGUCAUCAAGGGUUUACGAAAGCACACGAAGGCAUUGCUGGAUGCCCACCUUAUGGUGUCGCACCCUGCCCAGUGGGUGGACGAUAUGGCGGCCGCUGGGGUCGACAGGCGAGUCUUCCCCUUGUUCACGUUCCACGUGGAGGCCACCGACAAGGUCGCCGAGCUGAUCGCGGCGGUGAAGGCGAAGGGCAUGCGCGUGGGCGUGGCACUAAAGCCGGCUACCCCAGUAGAGGAAGUGUUUCCGUACUGCGACGACCUCGACCUUGUGCUGAUCAUGACGGUGGAGCCAGGGUUUGGAGGGCAGUCCUUCAUGGUGGACCAGGCGAGAACAGAUAUUAUUCGGAUGUCGAAGGUCAAGGAGUUGCGGCGACGGUACCCGGACCUGGACAUCGAGGUCGACGGGGGGCUCGCGGACAAGACGAUCGAGGAAGCGGCGAGGGCUGGGGCCAACCUCAUCGUCUGUGGCAGUUACAUCUUUAAGGGGAACAAGGCGGAACGCAUCAACCUCUUGAAGCAGGCUGUGGAGAAGUACGGCAACGGGAAAAAGGACGAGGACCUCACGCCCUGCGUCGUCCUUGGAGGCAAACACUGUCCCGCUGUGGCUGGCGUUACGGGUGCCGAUGCUGUAAGCGGGGGGGGGCGGUAAAUAUUUUUUCGUGACAAAGAGGUCGGGU